AUGCAUAAUUUAUUUUGUAAAAAAUAUCCGGAAGAAAAGGUUAAUUAUUAUUUUUAUUUGAAAUUAUUUAGAGAGCGGUUCAGUCUGGCUUUUGGUAGGCCCCAAGUAGACACCUGCUGCACAUGCGAAGCUUUAGAUGUGAAAAUUAAGAAUACAAAUUUGAAUGAUGCUGCGAAAAAAGCAGCAAUAGCCGAAAAAAUUGUGCAUCUGAAGAGAGCUGAAAAGUUCUACUUAAAAUUGAAUUCAGUGAAAGAAAAGUGUGAAAAUGAUCCGACACAUUUCGGAAUAUGUAUGGACUACAUGCAAAAUUUAUCGUUACCUGUCAUUCCUGUUCAAGAAACCUUCUACUUACGACAGUUAAUCGUAAAUGUUUUUGAUAUCCAUGAAUUAAAUACCGGUAAAAGUAUAUAUUUAUCUCACGAAGGUGAGAACAAAAAAGGCUGCAAUGAGGUGUCUUCUUAUGUUCUAAAUUUUAUUGAAAAUUUACCCCCGACAGUUAAGCACUUGCACAUAUUUUCCGACGGAUUAUAUUCCUAUUCAUGGGCACUCUUUUUUACCCUGCGACCCAAGUAG